AGUUCUAAAGAGUUUCGUUCGUGGUAAGAGCGCGGUGGUUUCACGCUGCGCUAGAGAGCUGUCGAACAAAGACAACUUGUUUACCUCUAGAUAGCAAGAAAUCAUCAUUAAAAGAUCUUUUUUCUUGGAUAAUGAAAAUUGUUUUGCUGAAUUAAUUCGGGCAAAAUAUAUCGGAUCGUAAUCCGGAAUCAAGUAAACAGAUCAACAAGGAUGUUCAGUUCAUUAAGACUAACAACUAUGGGCUCGCACAAGAGCCGUGCCAGACCGGGAAGCAUCGCUACAUCCGCGAAUUCCGACUCGCCCAGAAUGGAAGAUACACUCGCACAAAUACAAUACCAUUCUCACAGCUUUUUGCUGUCGAACGAUCAAGAAGCGAUAAAUGUCAUCGGUUUAUCAUCGCCGUUCAGUGUUUCUUCGAAAGUCGCGCAAGUGAGGGUGAAGCGAGAGAAUGGCAGUCUCGGUGUAACUCUUCGAGGUGGAGUGUCGAAAGCUCUGAUGGUGACGGGAGUAAAAACGGACGGUCCGGCUGCCAAAGAAGGAAGAGUCAGGCCCGGUGACCGGUUGCUGGCGGUAGAUGACACCGAAUUGCGAGGACUUACUUUGGCGGAGGCACAGCGAGCACUUAAGAAGAGUUCGGAUGCACCUGUUACGUCCCUCACAAUUGAAUAUGAUGUUGCAAACAUGGAAGAGGUGCGAGCGGCCACUUCCGGCCCAUUGCUUAUUCAACUGGAACGCGGCUUUUCAGGAGAACUAGGUUUAACCGUGAGAGAGACAUCAAACGGAAUCUACAUAGAAAGUCUCCGUCCGGCGAGCACAGCAGAUCGCUGUGGCGCUCUCCAAGUGGGAGAUCAGUUAUUGGCCAUAGAUGAUACGUCUGUUCAGGAUGCGGCAACCGCCGCGAAGCUGCUUAGAAAUAAUUCCCAGAGCUGUCGUAUUGCUAGGCUACAAAUAUUACCACGACCGUCGAGAACAGUCAAAAGGAGAGCACAGCCGCAAAUCCAGCAGAACUCGAAUCAGACUCUACAAAUGAAGGAAAACCUGACGGUCAUUCUCCGACCAGAUCAUCGGGGCUUCGGGGUCGCGCUUAAGUUAAUUGAAGAUCGCAUGAAUUACGUCGUAAGCUUCUUGGAAGCUGGUGGACCGGCGGAACAAAGUGGUGUCCUUUUGCCUGGUGAUAAGGCUAUCGCAAUCAAUCGGAGAAUGUUACGCGAUCUGCAACCGACUGAAGUAGCUAAUAUACUUGAGACAUCGCAAUUGAUCGAGUUAGUGAUAGAAUACAAAGUAGGUGGACCAGUAGUUCCGAAUUCCGGAGUUUUCACAGUGAGGGUAACGAGGCCAUUAGGUGGUCAACCCGAUCUGGGUCUUACGGUUAAUGAGGACUUAAUAAUUACGGAAGUUCGCCGAGGAUCGCUUGCUUAUCGAACAGGCAGUUUAGCAUCCGGCGACAGGCUGCUCGCGAUAGAUGGGGAACAAUUAGAUUCUGGAGAUUUAAGACAAGCCGCUCAAUUAUUACAUCGACCCGGCAGUUCAGUAGUUGCUUUAACUGUCAGAAAGCCAGAUCCUAAUCCAGAAAUAAGGUAUUUAAUAAUGUACAUAACACUUUCUAGAAGUGUUAAGUUUUCAAGUAUCUACUUUUUAAAGACAAAAAUACCUAUGUAA